AUGAGCGACUUCACAGACAAAAUCAUUCCUGUUUCUGGAGAUCUCCCUAACGUCCGCGCAGAUGCCCAACGCGUUUUCCAAGUCCUCGAGUCAGGAGGUGUGGUGAUUUUGCCAACCGAAGUGGGCUACGGAUUGAUGGCCACAUCGGCGGAAGCCAUUGACCGGGCCUUCGCCGCGAAGCGACGUCGAACAGGUCACGCUCAGGGUCUAUACGGAACACAUGAUUUGCACCGCGAACUUCACAUCCUGGACGAGCGGCGGUUCGAAAUGACACGUGUGCUAGUCGAAGACCUAGACAUGAGUUUCAUGGGCGUCGCGCCAUGCCGUGAAGACCAUCCUUCUAUUCAGGCUUUAUCGCCACAAACCCGGUCUAAGAUCACAAAGGACGGCACUAUCGCUAUGUUCAUUAGUUGUAGCUCACUUCUGAAGGAGAUUUGCAGGCUCAAUGCUCCUUCCGGUCAGCUCAUGGUAGGGUCUAGCGCCAACGUGUCAGGUGGCGGGCAGAAAUUCUGUGUCGAAGAUAUUGAGGAUGAAAUCAAAGAGGCUGCGGAUUUGAUUGUCGAUUAUGGUCUUCAACGUUAUCAUGUGUAUGGACGAGCUUCUCUCAUUAUGGACUUCGGCCAGAUGAGUAUUAUACGGAUGGGGUCCUGUUAUGAAUUGUUCCGCGAGCGCAUGCGGAAAUUCUGGGGGGUUGACUUGCCUGAGGACCCUGAUAACAAACCUGUCCUAGCACAAGCCAAGUGUUGA